AUGCAUAUCCCUAGACUCGCGGCCCUGGGUGCAGCCCUCACAACGGCGGUCAAAGCCUUCACCCCGCUCAACAUCACGGCGCUCUCCACCCGCAACGGCUACUCCGUCAUCGAAUGCUGGCAACUUACCUCCGUCCCCGUCGAAGCCCGCGCGGCUCUCAACUAUGCCGUCGGCGGCGACCUGACGCGGGCAGAGUGGUCCAUCAUCCAGCCCAGGACGACAGUGGGAGAGGCCUGGGCGCCGGCUGUGCAGAAACUCGCAACUAACUUGAUCCCCGCCACCCCCAGGUUGACAGUCAUCCUCAACGGCCUAAUCCGCAUCACAUCGCCAGCACCGCCAAGGAACGCGUCGCAGGCCACGCCGUCGCCCUCGUCACCAGGAGGCAGCAGUGGCGACGACGCAUCAGCACGUCCGGCGCAGACGACGGCGUACAUCCAGCCGGGCACGGUAUCCUCGUCGCUCGUCAUCGCGGCGGACUUGAAGAACGCGAGCGUGCACGCGGGGCACUUUACCGAGUUCCCCGGCGACGAGCCGACGGUGCUGGUGCAGGUGCCGUUUGCCGGGGACGCGGCGCCGGAGCAUGUUGUUCUGGGAGAUGGGCCGUGUGGGAAGGGGAGUUGGGGCGUUGCGAUGGGCGGUGGCAUCUGA